UGGUCACUAAUAAUGACCUGUAUGCGAAGGAUAUAUUUGUUUUAAUGCAAAAGGGAUGUAGAGUCUCUAGGAAUAUCCGAGCAUCAUGGUACUUCAAACAUUUAAACUCUAAAAUUCAAUUCAAGUUACAUGUACCUCAAGAACUGCCUGUUGCCCAAAAUGAGUUAUCACUAGUGUCUGUUAUUCCACCAAAUGGUGAGAAACUUGACCCAGAUCAGAAAUAUAAUGUUUGUAUACAGCCUCAUACCUUUGUUACCUUCCUGGCUUCAAUUUAUCGACUGGCUUUUGUACUUGAUAUCAGUCCUUCAGUUUUCUGUGUGGAUUUAUUCAAGAAUCAAGUGAUGUAUGAUGAUUUAUUAAAUACAUUAAAUAACUGUAUACGAGGAUUAGUUAAACCAUUUCAGAUUCCAGGCUGUAAUGUGAUAUUUAAACCAGAAUUAUAUGUAACUGUCAUGUUACAAACUCCAGUUAUCCAGUCAAAAUCUAAUCAGGUGUUAAUACAAGGAGUUCAAAUUACAGAGAAAAAUGUAGAGCAUGUUCUUCAUUUGAUUCAAGAUAAACUGAAAAUAUUUGAACUCUCUUUAUAUCAAUCUUCAAAGUCAAUUUUGAAUAUAUCUGACAUGAAAGGGGAAAUGACUGUAGAGGACGAUGGUGAAGAUAUUAAGAAUCCAACAACAUCAGAUUUAUUGAUGACUCCAGAAGCAGGUUUUGUAAAUAUGAUAAGAUAUGGUAUACUGUCUUUACAACUUUUACCUGAAAACUCCAGUGCAGGUGUAAUUGUAUUGACUGAUGGAUUAGUAGGAUUACCAGAAGCUAAUUUAUUUGAGAGAUUAUUAACACAGCUGAGAAACAGUACCAUAUCGUGUUCAUUUUUAAAGAUUGGUAGUAAUGAGCCUAAUCAUCAACAGUUUGGUCAUGUAGCUCAUGUUGAAUUGAUGCAAUUUAUAGCUACAGCAACUUUUGGUGCUUAUAUAGCAAGUUGUCCUAAACUGGAUGACUCACAUGCACUGGAACCUAAUAUCUAUCACAAGGCUCUAUAUUUCUGGAACUUUCAGAAAGGAUUAGAAGGAUUUAAAUAUGAAUUGACACAUCAAAGUGAUGAAGAUGUACCUGGUUCAUUAGCAUGGAUUAACAGGAAAUUAUACUCUAAUCCUCUAGAUAGUAAAAGAAUUGGAUUAGACAAUGUACGUAAGAAACAUGUUGAAAAUUCUGUGUCUGCUAAUAUCAACAGUGUUUUAUCCUUGAGAUUAAGAGAGGGCUACACAAUUAAAGAAGUUCAGAUCAUCCAAGGUGGAAGUAUAAUGGUUAAAAUGGUUUUACCAUGGAGAGAGUAUGUAAGAAUAGAAUACAUUGCCAUGGCUGCCUGGCCUUUAGAUCAGGAUAGCCACAAGACUAAUAUAGAAUUACAUAUAGAAGGCAGUUAUUCUUUUCUACAUGAAAUAACUUGUCAGAAACUUCAUAUUAAAAGUCCCUAUAGAUCAGCUAAUGUCAAAAGAUUCUGGCAAGCUAUUCAAAGUGUAAAUCAGACAGAUAAAUGGUUGGCUCAUCUACAAUCUUUUAGUACAAAUAGUAAUUAUUAUACAAUACCAGAUUCUAUAAGAAAUGGCAUUCCGUUAUUUGUUGCUUCAAUAUCUAACCAAAAAACUGGUAUUACUCUUAAUAAUCAACUAAACUCAAGUGACAGUUAUUUAGCCAUAUUUGAAUCUUUUUGGAGACCAAUUAUUAUGCUGGAUACAACUGUUUGGCAAAAAUGGAUGCACUGUCAUCUGAUUGGUCUAGUAAUGGAACAUGAUAUGCCCUUACCCAAAUACCUUCAUAUACCUAACUCUAGUGGUAGAUUUCAUUCUAUAGCCUGUAUGCAAGCUCAAACAGAACUCAAUAAAACGUUACGAGAAUGGACUACUUUUGUUCUUAGAGAGAAUAUGUCUUACAUAAAACUACUGUUCAGUGAUCCCGACAAGCCACCGUCUUAUUUUUGUGUGCUACGGGUAACACUAAAAGGUCCUUGUGUGGUGCUUAGAUUGGCCUUCCUGGGAGGAACACCCAGUCAUUUACGCAUAGCAGAAGUAGAAGAACUGCUUUUAAAAAUUAAAGAAUUAAAAUUUCCACCGAGAGGAAGUGAAAAAACACUCAAAAAGGAGAAACAGGUUGCUAAUGGUAAUGGUAGUAAGAAGAAGAAGAAGCGAAAGACACCACUGAUGAGGGAUUGGUCAGAAAUUAAUUGUUGUAUUAUUUUUUCGAAGCCUGUGGAAAAGAUUCUUAUUAGAUAUGAUCGAGUUCCAAAAGAUAUGAUGUCUGUAGAUGAUCCAAAUAAAGAAGAGACUUUUCCAAUUUCAUCUUUCCGAAGCACCAUGUCCAAUUCUACCAAAUCUGCCACCAGUAUGUUCCGUAUGUUGUCACAUUAUUUAUGUCAUCAACGGUGGAUAUGGACCAUUCAACAAUCUUUUAAUAUACCUGUUGAAAUGUCUUUUAUUGGAAAAGUUUUGCAAACAUUGACAAAAUUACGUCUGCAAGAAGGUUUUCAUUUUGCUGCUACCGAUUCUGGUAUUGUUAGUUUUGUGUUAGAAGUUGAUAUGACAGAUCCUGAUAAUUAUAUUAAAGAUAAUACAACAGUUGAAUAUGAGAAUUGUUCUAAAUGUGUUGUACAAUAUGUUAUAUUUCCACCUCAUGUGAAGACGACUAGAGAUAGUGUAUCAGAAGAUGAUAUAGAAGAAAUGGAAACAACAGAAGCUGAUUUUGAAUUACAGAUUGUAACAGAAUGUUGGGUAGAACCACAAUAUGGCGUCUGUGUUAAUAAUACACCAGAAUGUAAACAUCUAGAUGGUCUUAAAGCUGAUCAAAUGGCAAAAGCUUUUUUUCCUGUAGAUUAUGAAUGUAUAUCAAGCCUGGUUACAUAUGAUCAUCUAGUUUAUCUGUGUCACAAUAAAAUAGCCUUUACAGUACCUGAUAUUGAUGAUCUAGACAGAUCAGCAGCAACUUCUGUAAGUUUAACUCAGAGUUCUCCAUCAAAACGAAACUAUACUGGAAGUGAAAACGCUAAAGAUGAGACAGAACCACAAUGCAUUCCCUUUACCUUUGACCUUCUGUCUCUAUUACCUUGGAGUCAACAAGCAGAAUUACUCUUUUCAACUUUUAUUAUGGAAAAUAAUGAAUAUUCAAAAGAUCCCAUGCAGAGAAAGGCAUCCAAUAUUGUUCUCUAUAACCUCCUGAUGGAAGAUUUGGCUGAGUACCAUGAUAGACAGGUUCCCAUGACCUUAGAAGAUUCCCAGAAAUUUUUAGACCUCUUAAAAAAUAGAGAAAGAGAUUUAACUCAGAAUCCCCUUCCAUUUAAAUUUGGUGUGGACAAAAAUGCCAGCUCUGAUGAAAUAGAUUUUAAUUUAAUUACUGAAAAUCCUGAGGGCAUAGAGUCCCCAUUGACACCAGAUAAAGAUGCUCACACAAACAGAAAUGAUCAACCAACUUCUGAAACCAUUCAGAAAGAUCCAGUUCCCAGGUGGAUAUGUUUUGCAAAAGCGUGGAAAGAAGGCAAUCUUUCAUUAACUUUUCUACCUGCCUCAUUUGAUGAUCUUUUGUUGUUGAACCAAAUUCAUCUUCCAAAAGCACCACCAAUCCCUGAAGAGCACCUUCCAGAUAUUAACAUACAAGAACCAGAUGAUACUGAAGCAGACUUGAACUGUGGUGAAAACAAGUCCAAAGGUGGCAGCAUUACUACGUCUAUUGAUGAAGCUGAAGAUAGCCAGCACCAGCCACACAAAAUACCAGUGUUACAAAGACUUGAUUCUGAGGAUCCUAGCUCUGUCUCAUCAUCCAAGGAGGAAGAAAUAGCGGAAUGGAUCAACACCAAUAGUCUCCAAUGUAGGGAUGGUCCCUUGCUUAUACCGAUAUAUGCCUACAGCUGUAGCCAGUGCUAUAUAUCAGAUUCCCUGAUACAAAAAAUGGAUUAUCAUCUGCCUGAAGAUAAGUUUGAAGAUCUAUCGUUCGAAGUUGAUGAAUUAUCAGAGAAGUAUGGAAAGUGUCCUAUCAUCCCUCGUACUCAUCUCACAUCAAUGAUGGAAUCGGAUGAUAGCCAGAAGGAAGAUGAUUCACACUAUUCUAAAAGAGGUUUAAUGACUCUAGACUCAAGAUCCAAAGAUCACAGAAAAGCAGCAGUACAUGAAUUUAAACAUUUAAGACGAAAUAUCUCCAGAAUUUUCUUCAGCUGUUUUGUAAAAGGAGUGUUCCGAAGUUUACAACAGCAUCUAUCUAUACAUCAGUGUGAUUUGGAUAAUGCUAUCAAUAAUAUAUGUGAAGAGUCACUACCACUAGAAUCAGAAAUUACAACAUUUCUUCAUUCAUCAUGUGGACAUCUACAACAUCUAGUAAAUCGUGCUAGAAAACAAGAUGCUGCAAGUAAAGAUGAAUCCAGUGCACCACGUCGCCUGUCAGUUAGAUUUGAAGGUCUACCCAUUGAAGAUAAUGAAAGUGAAUCUGAUACAAUGGAUAGAACACCAGUCAUUCUACAGUUUCCUAAAACUACUAUUAGUCUGUCUAAUCUAGUGGCAUUGGACAAACCAUGUGAGCACUCUUCAGGAUUAAGCAACUUGCUAUCUGAGAAAUUCUUAGAGAUUACCAAGAAAUGGUUCCGUCCAGUUCCAUCAAAUCCUGAUUAUUAUUAUUAUUUUCCUGAAGAAAUAAAUUUAGCAGUGGCCGAAGAAGAAAAUCUAAGUGAAUGUUCAGAUGCAAGUAUUGAUGAAAUUGAACAAGAAGGGGAAGAAGAAGAGGAUUUCUUUGGAGAUUUUGUUGAUGUAACUGUGACUAGAAUAGAUGAUGAUGGUCAUUCUAUGUCUUUAGAGAGUUCAAUUGGAGCUUCAGAUGCAGAUUUAGAAUUAGCUCAGUUGGAUGAUGUACCUCUCUUUAUACAUUUUACGUGUACCUUAAAGAAUAGAUUAGAACAAUAUAAUGUGUCUGCUAGAAGUCUACCACAUUGUAUUGGUCAAAUAUUGAGACCUAUUGAAGAAGAAAUUAAAGAUUUUGAUCUCAGUAAUCUCAAGUUCACCUUUGACAUUAAUUGUCUGACAUUACCAAGUGACAGUGAGCUAAUUCAUAACAAAUCGUUAAUAAGGAUGUUAUCUAAUAACUCACCAGAACCAUCUACACCUGCAGAUAGACUAGACACAGUAGAUGCUGAUAUGUCUGUAGUAUCAUCAGAUCAAGGAUUGAAGGAAGCUUUUGGUGAUCCUAUUUCUCAUUUACAAAAAAUUCAAUAUAAGGCCAUGAUGGCAUUUAAGCAGGAGAUUGAAUGGUUAUUAAAUGAUGAGAUAGUAUCAGCUUUACGUCAUCUAUCACCAAUAAAUUCUGAUGCUCUAGAGUUUGUUACAGAGCAUAUUAAAAAAUAUAAAGCAGAAAAUAAACCUGGUUGUGAUCACCAUGUUGUUAGUCUCAAGUUUGUGUUUGGAGCUAAUCAAAGUUUGGUAAGAUUUACAGAGGAAUUUGAAAGACUUAAUUUACCCAAUUAUAGUUUAACUAAAGAAGGAGAUUAUUAUUUUGUUAUUUUAAAUCGUAAUCAAUCCAUUAAUAUUCUACAAGCUGAAGAAAUAGCCCAUGCACUGGUUAACCUCUCUCGAACAAACAUGAAAGCAGAGAAACCAGCUGUCCCAGAACUUCCAAAGAUCUUUCCCAAAUUAGAAGAACGUAGCAAUAGUUUACCAACAUUAUUUCCCAUGAACGAUUCUUCUGAGUUACCUUCCUUUGAUGUGAACAAAGUUAAUAGGGAUGAUAAUGAUUGUGAUGAUGAUGAUGAUGAAAUAGAUGAUUAUGAUGAUGAUAGUCUGCGCCCGAGAAGUAGAUCUGAUGCAAAAUAUUUACGGCGAUCAGUUUCUGGUUUAAGUGAAGAAGGGACAUCUCUUACUCAGACUUUGAGUGAAAUACAACAUGCACUGCCGCUUUUUACUUCAACAACAAAGGCUGCUCCUCAACCCCAUGGUAUAUUGAAAAAAUCAUCAAGUUUUGCAAGUUUUGAAACAGGUACUGUUAAUGCUACUGACAUUUUACCAACAAUUCAACAAUCUCAUUUUAAAUCUUCAACAUGUCCACCUGUCACAGAUAAAAUAAGAAGUCGCCAUUUUUCUGCUCCAUCUGGUCCAGGAACUCCACAAAGUAGAUCAUCUACUCUGCCGAUUUCUUCCAGAGGAAGCUGUAAUGAAGAUGGUUAUGAAGGUGAUUCAAAUUCAAGUGAUGGAGAGUUAGACGAUACUCAUUCUGUUAGUGAUGGGGGUCAAAGUCAUCCACAACUGCCUAACUUCUGGCUUAUACUACAAAUACAUCAAGAUAAAGCUGAAAUAUUCUUUCAUGCUAGAGAUACACCGAGCAGUGAAAAUAAUGAAGAAGAAUUAAGAGAAAGAAAUGACAGAAGAGCUUUACAGUUUCAUGUUAAACAAGAUAUACAGUGUAUUUGUAAAAAAGUUAAUCAGAGAUUAUUAUUAAAGGAAUUAAAUGACACAAGAAUAUGUAAUUCAUUGUUAGUAGACGAAGCAGAAGAAGAUCGUCUGUGGGCAGAUAAGAGAACAACAUCUGGUAGAUCUAUGGUAGAAAGUACAGCAUCUGAAUGUGAUGAUGAUGAAAGUGAAGAUGGAAGAGGCAGACGUUAUUUAGCAGCCAGAUUAGAGUUGAUGCCAGGACAUUUUGCCUGUGACUGUACAUGGAAGACUAUGUUUAUUCUACAUACUCGAUUAAAAGAAGGAACUAAAAGAGGGGGAGGUGCAUCAAGAGGUUUAUUGGCUCUAAGAAGUGUUCUCAGCAAGUUAUCUGUUAAUAAUAGAAAAAACAUGUUUGUUAUAAAAGAAACACAGACUGAAAAUGUCUCGUAUCUCAGAUUGCGAGAGUUACGUAAUGUACCAGUAGCAGCUACAUCAUCUGGUGAUAUGUUAGAAGAUGAUUAUUUACUACAAGAGCAGUCCAGUGGCGAUCUCUUUGCAGUGGCUACAAAAUUAGAAGAGUCAAGUUCCUUUAGAGAUAAAAUAGAUGCUGAUGCUAUAUCUAACUAUUCAGGAUUGAGUCGUUUAUCAUCACGUGUAGAAUCUGUUGUUGAACUCUUAGUUUAUGGUAUAGAAGAACCAGGUAGUGAGGUUAAAGACAGCUUAGUUCGAGCUUUACAAUAUAAAUUAGAUGAAGCUGUUUUAGACGUCAUAUCUCUGAUGUUAAGUAGAAAUCCUAAAUGUAAACUGAAGGCAGAAGAUGUAAGAUUUAUACAGAACAUGGAGGAUGGUGUGAGUAAAGUUAUACAGUUAUCUAUACCAGCUCAUGCUAUGAUGUAUCUAUUUGCUCUAAUGUAUUAUCUUAGACAGAAUUUACUACAGUUUCUUCAUACACCAAACUAUGACAGCAAUGAUCCUGAAGAUCAGUUCCAGGAUGUUAUAAAUGAUGAAUAUGAAGCUAUUAAAAGAGAAAAUGUGUUUCUUUAUAUCAGACCACCAGCUAGUGGAAAAGGUAUAGCAUGUAUCAGUGUAUCUUUAGUUGAUUCAACUGGUUCACCAGUUAAAGUAUUAAACUGUCCAUAUCCCACAUCAAUGACAACAUCUGGUAUACUGAGUUCUGAUGAUUUUGAUCAACUUUUACAUACAGUACGCCAUGAGCCAUCACCUGAUACUACAAAACCAGGCCCAACAGCAUUAAUACAGUUUAAGAUAUGGGAUAGAUUUAAUAAUAAAUCUGAGAUGAAAAAUUUGAUAGAUAAAUUAACAUCAGCUGUUAAACAUGCUUUGUGUGAUGUUAUAUUAGAGUUCAAUCUAUUAACGGCACCUAUAUGUCAUAUACCUAGAAGUCAUUCAGAACCAGACCUACUACAUUCUUCAGUGCCAUCAUCUCCUGUUAGUCCUAAAGGUGACAAACAUGAUAGACGACACUCUAUUAUUGGAAAAAGAUUUUCUGAUUCAUUACAGUUAAAGCCAAUUGUCCAAUCAGCUUCUCCAUUGCAAUCUUUAAAGAAUCGUAUGCCAUCAAAAAGCAAAUUUUCCACACCUCCUCCUCAAAGUUCCCUGAUGUUUGAGUUUCCUGAUACUGCAGCCAUUUCAACAACAGAACUUCCUUCUUUAAGCAGAGAAGUCAGUCCCACCAGUUCCCCGUUGAAAGAAGUGAGGAUGAAAUAUGAAUCGGGACAAAGAGGAAACCUUCACACUGUUUAUCCAUCUGUAUUAAGACCAUUUAUAAACUACUGCUCAAAAUUAGGUACACCUUCCAUCAACAGAUUUGAGCUUAAUUUGUUAUCUAUGUUUUCUGUUGAUUAUGCACUUAAAGAAAUCCAGAAUAUCUUACCUACCAUUGCUUCUAAUCUAACAUUUACUCUCUUUAAACUUGUUGAUAAACAAGGCGAGUUAUUAACUGGUGUUCAAUACUUUCCUUGUAGAAGUCCCGUACAGCCAGCAGAAGAUAAUAUGGAGACCUCUCUCGAUGCAGCCAGAAAAAAAUUAACGACGGAAAAAGAUUCUCCGGAGUUUCUCAUUUUAGGACGUGAUGUAGAUCAGUGGCGAUCCGUUGUUUUACAUGAGAAUAUGGAUUCAGAGUUUCCUUCAACUAAGAAUUUAGGAAAUCAGAAGUACCAACCAUAUGUCUUCAUAGAUCAAGGAUCAACUGAUGCUUUAUCACAUUUUAGAGCAGAACAAGAGUUUGUUCCUCGUCAAAAUUUGUUACUUAUGUUUAUACAGGGUAAACAGAUAACUGUAUCAACAUAUAACUGGGCGAGUGAUUUGUUCAACUCUUUAGAAUCACAUAUAACUAAACUUGUACAAUGGCAAAAUGCUCGUGCUCAUUUAUUAGACAGUGUCAUUAGUCAGAAGAUGGGAUUAUUUCAUCAUAAAACAUUCAAUGAUUUACCUUAUACCCUUGAACAAAACCCAUACACACAAUCAACACAUGAAAAAGAAGUAUUGAUACGAAAUAUGGCACCACCACGAGAAAAUCAACGUCGUCAUGGUUCUAUAUCUGUACGUGACAAAAAUCAGAUCUUAGAUCAUAUUCCACACUUUGAUGACAUUUAUAAAGAUGAACAACCGCAUAUACCCAUGCAUAAAAAUAAUAAAAUACCCCCCAUGAAAGAUCCUGUAUAUGUACAUGGUGUACAAGCUUUGGAAAUCAGAAGUUUAUGUCUGAAAGAUGCUGAGAAAUUUAAUAAAUUAAGUCAACUUCACAAUAGCUGGUUAAUAAAAACACCAGGCAACCCAGCGGUUAAUGAAGAUCACCUGAAGUUGUUAAAACAAAGUUCUCGAUUGUUUCACUAUUGUGCCACACCAAUCCUGUUUUCUUCACAAUGGCGCCAUCGUGUUGUAGAAAAAACUAAACCUCAUGGCAAACAGGAUACUUGCAUAGCAUCAACCCCACCAAUGACUGACCUUCCAAAAUCAAGAUCAAGACACAGUUCAGGUGCUUCAAUUACAAGUUUGAAAAACAAAAGAUCCGAAAGUCAAGAUGGCAGCCGGCGUAAGAUGAACACUCCACAGGAAUCACCAGAAGUUCGUCAACAUGGACAUACAGAAGAACAAUGGCAUGUGGAACUUAGAGAAAGCUUUAAUAAUCAGUAUAUUAGUUAUCUACAGAAUUUGGGCUUCAGGAAAAUACAUGUUCAGUGCUCGGCAAGAAAAAGAGCUAGUAGGGGGAAAUCAAGCGAUGGCCAGAAUUUAUCUACUGAUGAUACAAGUUUAGGUAUUAUAAAUCUACAGAAAACUUUAACAGCUGGUAUAAUAUUGAUGGAGAUUAGUUAUAGAGAAGAAUUCUUCUGUGUUAAAUUGUUUGUUUUAUAUAUAACACAUAUUAAUACAAAUAUAAAUCAACAAUCAGCUGGAGCUCAAAUAAACCAACAGAUGAGAUUGUUAUUUGUUGAUGAAUGUCAGAAAUAUAAAGACCUGAUACAUGUUCAUUCUUUUGCUCAUGAUUUUCACCUACGCUGUAUUCAAAGAUAUAUUAGUGGAGAAGACUGUGUAUUCCAUCAAGGUUUUCAUCUUACCAACUUCUUGACAGAUUUUUCCAACAUUUAUUCCUAUCCUCCAAGUUUCUCCAGAAACUGUCUACAGCAUGAAAGUGUGGUAUUGCCAGACAAGCUGUGUUCUAGUGAUGAUGUAUUUGAGUAUAUGAUAAAACAGAUGAAACAUUAUAAUAUGAAGGUUAUUAAAAUGAAGGCUUUCUUUGAUUAUGAUGUUGAACCUGAUUAUUGUUUUGUGAAAAAUGAUGAAUUUGCCUUGGUAAGGAAUCGUAAACUGACAGAAACAGAUAAAAAGCCAACAGUUAAAGAAGCGGACGAUUAUGAUGUUGGUAUUAUCAUUACACAGGAUUCCUUACAAAAUCUAAAACCGGGUUUUGAAGCUGAUAAAACAACACUACGAUUGAAAUACUUUCUUUUAUUGACACGAAGGAGUAAUUGUUUCCCUAUGAAGAAUUUAGAGAAGAGAUUAGGGGGAAUACAUCCAAGACUUCUAGCUCUACCAACAGAAACGUCACCAGUUGAACAUAAUGAACCAAUGGAAACUGAGAGUGUUCGACCAGUACCAGUUAAACAACAUAUUGGUGUACGACAAGAAAUGGUGGAUUAUCUAGGUUAUUCCAAUAAACAUCAAACUUCUAUUUAUCAAUUAUCUUGUCAAGAAAUGAAUAUUUGUAGGAGUGAAUUAGAAGAAAUGGUUUGCAUGUCAAAAGAGAAAUGUUGCCGUGAUUUAUUAUGGAAGCGUAUGUUGGUUCAGGUGGAAGAUGAUCAGAAAAAACGUCGGAGAACGGCUGAUGUUGAUGAAAUACGAGACUCUAAUAUGGUGAAGUUAAGUUUUGAAGAAUUUCAAGAAUUACUCAAAAUGGUGAAUAAAAAUAGAACACCAUUAAGUGACGAAGAUGCUCAAUUAAUACCAUUAUGUACAAUGCCAUUACAGUGGUACCGUUCACUAGUUCCUGUUCUUAUGUCUAAAUACCCUACACAACAUCGCACAUUUACUUCAACAGAUGGACAAAAUCAAUGUAUUUUAAUUCUCAAUCCAAAUUUUCUGGAAAUGUUUAUCAUGUUAGAGAUUACACCAAAUAAAGCUGAUUUAUGUGUUGUGAUGCAAGAUCCCAUAUCUGAUCAAGAACACACUCCAACAACUCCAAAUAUAUCUUUACUAAGUAUGCAAAGUCAUAUUGAAGAUUUUGUUAAUACUUGCUGUUUUCAUCUCUGGUCUACCAUGUUAUGAUGCAUUAUACAACAACUACACUUUUUUGAGAUUUUUUUUAUCUAUAUACCAAAAUCAGAUUACAGUGCCAUGAAGUAUUAGUAUGAAUUGUGAGUCUGUGUUAUGUGCAUGUAAAUAUAUGCUAUUCUUAACUUUUGUUCAUGUAUAUAUAUAUAGAGAGAGAGAGAGAGAGAUUUAAACAUUAUAAAGAUGCAAUCUGAUUAAAACACAGAUCCUAUUUUGUUUUUUAUAGUUCAAAAUUUCAUUUUACUUGUCUUUACUACACUAGGAUCUGGAAGAGUUGUUAUAUAACCCAUGUUCUGGUUGAUUUGAGGAAUUAGCCAAUGAAACCGUCUGUUGCAGCGAAGUCUUGCGUGCGGUGCACGAAACUGUGGGUAUCCUACUAGAAACAUCAAAUGCCGUUCAUAUGACCCCUGACACGACCUCCCACUACAACUGGUCAGAUCUUCAUGUAGUAGAGGCCUUUGGAAGUAUAUAAAAAAAAAAAAGGAAUAUAGAUGUGUGUUUUAAUCAGUUUGAUAAAGAUGUUUUCUAUUGUCAUGUUAUCAGUAGUUAUUUCUAGGACAUAUUACCAUAAUAUUUUACACAUCAUGAAAAAUAUUUUUUUAGUUGAACAUAGCAUAAUUUCAUACUAAAUGUCAAAGAAAUAUGGCUUUAAUACAUUAUCUCUUAUAUUGGACUAUAUCAUAUUCUGUCUCCUUAUUGUGUUCUCAAACAUUGUACUAUUUUACUCUCAGGUUAAAUUGAAAUUAAAUAUUGCCUGCCAAGCAAUACUUCCAUUGAUGUGAAGUAAAAUCAUCUUGUUUAAUCAAGCCAGAUUAUGAUCUAAGGACAAUUUUAAGCUUUGGCUACGAAAUAUGCUAUUCACCUGCUGCCUGUCUCAUAUAUUUAGAUUAUGUAUAUUUGAAAGUGUUAAAGUAUUGGCUUUGUAUUAGAUGUUAGAAAUCUACCUGAUAUUGGUUAGAUAACAUAACUUCAUAAAUAUGUUUAAUUCUGAAAUCAUGUGAUCAAUUUGUCAGUGUUGUGUGAUUCUUUUAGUUAACUGGGACUUCACUUUAACAUAUAAAGGAUGUCAUUAUGCCCCAAAAUGGCAAAGUGAGACAACCAGUUCUGGUAAAAUUUAUGUGUGUUAUGACUACAUAUGAUAAUUGGAUGUGAAAUACAAUUGUUAAGUUUAAAGGGGAUAACCUUUUGUUGAAUUGGGUUGAUCUGAUUUAUUAUUUAGAUUAUUAACAAAUUGUUUUGAAACAUGUAGAGGAAAUCAGUUUAAUUACUAAUAAUAGAUUCUUUUUUAGUUCACACUGUCCAGGCCCGUAGCUAGCCCAAAACUGUGAGGGGGGGGGGGGGCAAGGGCUUCUUGGGGCGCCGAUUUACCUGCACUUGACGAUCCAUGGCGAACGGCACCGUAGAUGCGCCUUCCAUCGGAAAAGGCUCUAGGGCGCUCUCUCCCCAAAAUAUUUGUGCCGACAGUGGAACACAAAAUCAAUUAUAUUUCUACAUUGGCUAUAUUUGUAGACUGUCUUGUAUAAUCAUUAUGGUUUAGAAGUUGUCUGGAUGACCAUAACUAUAAAUAGAUCAGUGACGAAGAUGAGAUCUAGUCACAUGACUAAACAAAAUAUACAAUCUUGAUUAAUUAGACAGAGAGCGACUACAGAAGGAAAGGGGCAAAUGUUUGCUAUCAGGACAAGCAAACCGAUCAAAGAAGACUAGGUCACAAACAAAUAGACAUUUUUUGUUGAAAGUAUCUGGACCAUUAUUCAUGGUAGUAGCCAUAUAGAUCCAAUCCAGUGUUGGUUUAGAUGAUAGAAGCUAAACAUACCACCCUGACAUUCACAGACAUACUAGUGAAUUCACUGGUAGACAGACAGGAUAGGAUAGCCCUGGGUUAUUGUGCAAAAUUAAAUAAUUUGUUUCUCCUAUGAAAUUAUAUAUGCCCCAGUAAAAAAAACGUCUCUUAUAAUCAUGUGAAUAGAAAUGAAUGAUUUUGAAAUUGUAAUCACACAUGUAUGCGCCCUAUGUAUAAUAAUAAUAAUCUGUGAUUUAUAUAUAUAUAUAUACCUGUAUUAACUAUAUCAGGUAAAUGUUGACACAUAAUAAACUUGUUACAUCUUUA